UUGUGGGGCCCCCCUCCCUCCCGCCGAGUCCGUUGGGAGGAACCGUCAGUUUGACCCCCCCCCGCCCGCCAUGGCGGUGACCGUCACCCUGAAGACGCUGCAGCAGCAGACCUUCAAGAUCCGCAUGGAGCCUGACGAGACGGUGCGAGUUCUCAAGGAGAAGAUUGAGGCCGAGAAGGGCAAGGACGCUUUCCCGGUGUCGGGCCAGAAGCUCAUAUAUGCCGGCAAGAUCCUGAGCGAUGAUGUCCCCAUCAAGGAGUACAAGAUCGAUGAGAAGAACUUUGUGGUGGUGAUGGUCACCAAGAAUAAAAGUGGCUCCGGAGCUCCCGUUCCCUCCCCCAGCGAUGCAGCCCCCUCCUCGGAGUGCACCCCACCCUCUGGGCCAAGCGUGGCGCCCGCAGCAGCUACAGCUCCUUUAAGCGAGGAGCCGCCCCCUGAAGAGUCCAUGACUGUUUCCCCGCUGGAAACCACAGUCGGCUCUGUUCCCUCUUCAGGUAGCAUGGGACGCGAAGAUGACGCAGCCUCCACCUUAGUUACCGGCUCGGAAUACGAGACGAUGCUGACUGAAAUCAUGUCGAUGGGCUAUGAGCGAGAACGGGUGGUGGCGGCACUCCGGGCCAGCUACAACAACCCUCACCGGGCUGUGGAGUACUUGCUAACGGGAAUCCCAGGCAGCCCGGAACCAGAGAGCGCCCCCCUCCAGGAGAGCCAGCCCCAAGAGCAGCCAGCCCCGGAAGGAGAGAAUCCUCUCGAGUUUCUGCGAGACCAGCCCCAGUUCCAGAACAUGCGGCAGGUGAUCCAGCAGAACCCUGCGCUGCUCCCAGCUCUGCUCCAGCAGUUGGGCCAAGAAAACCCUCAGCUGCUGCAGCAAAUCAGCCAGCAUCAAGAACAGUUCAUCCAGAUGCUCAAUGAACCCUUGGGCGAAAUGGCUGAUGUGGCGGACAUCGAAGGGGAGAUGGGGGCCAUCGGGGAAGAAGCCCCUCAGAUGAAUUACAUCCAAGUCACGCCUCAGGAAAAAGAAGCCAUAGAAAGGUUAAAGGCCCUGGGCUUCCCGGAGAGCUUGGUGAUCCAGGCCUAUUUCGCCUGCGAGAAGAACGAGAACCUGGCAGCCAACUUCCUGCUGAGUCAGAACUUUGAUGACGAGUGAUAAAAGGAAAAGAGUUUUAUAUAAAA